AUGGCGCCCCCUACCGCAACAGACACCAUCACCAACACUGUCACCAUGCAAGCCCCGCCAUCAUCCCAAGCGGAGGGCGCGGAGAAAGCCAAGAUCAAAAUGCAAAUGCCCAGCAUGCCCGUUUUCGAAGAUAAGAUGAACGAGCGCGAAUAUCUCAAGGGCCGUCUAGCGGCUGCAUUCCGCAUCUUCGGUGAUAAGGGAUACGACGAGGGUGUCGCUGGACACAUCACCGUCCGUGACCCGGUUGACCCAAAUACCUUCUGGGUGAAUCCCUUCGGCACGGCAUUCAAGUUGAUGAAAGCUUCGGAUUUGAUCCAGGUUGACCAUGAUGGCAACGUCAUCGCCGGUGGACCGAAUCGGAUGUUGAACGCUGCGGCGUUUAUGAUCCACUCGGCUAUCCAUGCCGCCAGACCAGAUGUGCACUGCGCAGCGCAUAGUCAUAGUCUUCAUGGGCGGGCGUUUUGUUCUCUAGGCCGACCGUUGGAUAUCAUUUCGCAGGAUGCUUGCGCUUUCCAUAAUGAUCUGGCACUGUAUAACUCCUUCAAGGGUGUUGUGCUGGCCGAAGAAGAAGGACAGAACAUCGCCAAAGCACUUGGAAACAAGAAAGCGGCACUUCUCCAAAACCACGGUCUUUUGACUGUCGGAAACACCAUUGAGGAAACAGUCUUCUGGUUCGUCAGCCUGGAGAAAUGCUGCUACGCCCAGCUCCUAGCAGACGCAGCAGCGACCGGCCGAGGCGGACAGACGGUCAAAAUUGACGAAGCAGACGCCGCUUUCACGUACAAGACAGUCGGAACCCCCAAGGCUGGCUGGUUCAGCGCGAAGCCCCUAUUCGAUGUGAUCCACGCCGAGACCAAGGGCGAAUACUUGGAAUAA